UACGUCAACUGUUGUACUACUAGCGCCACUAUCUAGCAUACACACGCAAUAAUCAGCGUACCGUAAACAAUGGUGUGCAACUGUGUGUGUGUAGCUUGCUCGCUCGUUUGGUUGACAAUCGCGAUGUGAUGUAUCCUACAUCAUCGCAUGCUAAGUUAUAUUUUCAUCAAAUUCUUUUAGUUUUUAUAUUAGUUAACACAUUUUUUUCUAAAUGUUCUCUUUCGUUGUGGCUACGUUUCUCUGUUUUGAUUUCUAAAUAUGUGUAAUUUGCCGCCGAAGUUCCAUUCAGUGUGUCGCCUUUGUUUAUCAUUCUGUGGCGAUAAUUGCAGUGAUGUUAAACUUCCAAUAUUCGACCGUGAUAAGGAUAAAUCACGACUUUCCGAGAUGAUAAUCACAUAUUUGUCACUAAUGGUGUCACCUGAAGAUAUGCUGCCACAGGUGGUCUGUGGUAGUUGUGCAAGCAAACUUGAUGAGUUCCACACAUUUAGAGAGUUGUCACACAAAUCAGAGCGACUCCUGGUACAAUUUGUUCAGUAUGCAAACUCGCUCACAGGUCCAAAAGAGGAUGUCCUGAACGUGACGGCGGACAAACUAGAAGAAAUAAUCAAGCCACUGAACGAAUGCGAGUACGACGACGCGAGUAAACAAAAGUACGCGGAGAUAGGCUCGCCGGACUCCACGGAAGAGAUGAAAAACCUGGAGAGUCGGCAGGCGGCGGUCACACUACUGCAGAUAAAAAACUACGACCCGACUAAGUACGCUGUGAAGGCGGAGGAAAGCCCUCACAUAAUGUUCAACAGCGUGCCGAGUUUACCGCCUUCCGACAGAGCGAGAGAGGUUAUGCAUUGUAAUGCCGUCAUCGACAUCAUAAGCAAGGCUGUCGCGGUCGCGCAGCGAGAAAACGAGGAAUCUCAGAAUUUCCCGCCUAAUUACACGAGCGUCAUCGACAGGACGCAUGUGCCCGGCGUCAGCGAGGUGAUCACGUACACGCAGGAGUACCCCGAGGAGCAGUACAGCGCCUACGCCGCGCCGCACGCCGCCAGCCCCGGCAGCAACGAUGACCACGACAACAAGGAGAUGGAUCUCUCGCUGUACGGCUGCACGAAGAACGAGUCGGCGGAGCAGUCCGAACAAGCCGACCGGGAAGCCGGCGUCUUUUUACACAGAACCUUAACAAGCAAUAAGUCUUCAAGUUUCGCGGAGGAGUACAAGCAGCACGUGUUUGGACGAACGAGUAAAUCAAAACAGUCGAAAGAGAACGCGCCAGUGUAUGAAGAUUGCAGCCAGAGCAGUAGUGGGUCAGACCCCGACAGAUUACAAAUGGAUAUUUCUGAAGUGUCGCAGGACGACCCCGAAGAGACCCAGUCAGUACCAUCAGCACAGUCCUCGCCGAAGCCGCCACACGACCCCGAGAGCGAAAAGGAAUCCCUCUGGCAGGCAUUACACAAACAAAACGGUCGGAGUGGUGGGGAAGCAACGCAACUGUUGCGCCGGUUGAUCAACAGCAAACACCUCGGUAUGACCGUGUCGCCGCUCAGAACUGCCACAUCUCCGUUGCCUGCGCCUCUCAUACCGCCCAAUGGCGCCGUCUCACCGAACGGUGAGUGGUCGAGCUCUGGGCGCGGAGUAGGCGCGGGCAACGCGGGCACGGCGCGCCGGAAGCAGAGCUGCCCAGCGCGCGCGCAGCUCGUGCACGACGCGCCCAGCGCCUGGCCACUUGCGCACGACAAUCAAGAGGUGUCAGACAGCGGCACAGGUGUUGGCGGGGGCGGUGUGAACGCGACGGGCGCGGCACGCGGCGUGCAGCGCGUCGAGCUGUCGUGCAGCAACUGCGGCACGCACACCACCACGAUAUGGCGGCGCGACGCGCGGGGAGAGAUGGUGUGCAACGCGUGCGGCUUGUACUACAAGCUGCACGGCGUGCCGCGCCCCACGGCCAUGCGGCGCGACACCAUACACACACGACGUCGCCGGCCACGGCACGACGCCAAACACUCGCGCAACAAAUCCCGUCGAAGUGCCGGCGGAGGUACUACAGAAGUCGCAAGCGGGGGCGGGGGUGUUGUAGUAGCACCAGUUGUUGUGGAGGCGGAGUCGGGCGUCCGCGGGGGAGCGGUGAGCGCGGGCGGCGGGUCGGGGCGAGGAGAAGCUGGCAGGGAGGGAGCGGAGGAGGCCGUACUGGCGGCGCUGCGGAGACAACUGCAACCGCAUCUACUAGCCGCCUUACACGCGCACGCACCGCGCCCGCACUCACACACGCAUCGCACGCAGGUCGGUCGAAGCAUGCCAGAAUACGACGAGGCGCCGCUCAACCUCGUCGCGAGCCACGUCGCGACGGAAGAAAUGCACUGACUGCCCUGUGAUACCCCUCCCUACACACUGCAAGUAAAGUUACGCAGCUCACAGCCAACUGCACUCCAUACCGUGUACAAUAACGGCCAGUUACAUAUACCAUAGACAACGUAUUGUUUAUAAAGUGCACUGUUGUGACGAUUAUUUUCUUAGAGUCGAUAAAAUUUAAACAAGUGCAAAAUGUACGACUUUAAUACAUUGAGAUUUGGGUUAUAAAUAUAAAUGUUUGACAGUUGAACUCACGUGUUAAUCGGAGUAUUUUCUAAAAGACGCUAAAAGAGAUUUGGGUUCAUUUUGGUCUUUUUAUUUUUUAACGUUUUAUUAUUAUUAGUAAAGUUGUAGAGAUGUGCAAACCUAAUUCAAAUUAUUUGUCACAUAUACAUUAUACAUAUAUGUUUUGUCACUUAUAUGACUUACAAAAUGCAAGUAUUACAUGACGUAUUGUAUUAUAAAUUAUUAGGAUAUUUAUUUUUUCGCUCGUAUAUUGUACAAGUCUUAAUUUAAAAAAAAAAAUUAAAAAAGUUCGCUCUUUUAAAAUAAUCGUCACAAAAUUCACGUUAUGGCAUAAAAGAGAUCUUAAAGAAAUUUUGAUUUUAUUGUAAUAAAUAUAAGUUUUUAUGUGUCUAAGAGAAAAAUGGUUAUUUUAUAAAGCGCAUCCGUUUCUACUGGAUCGGUAGUAUUGUAAUGUAAGGCCAGUGACAAAAGACUACGAAAGUUACAUGUUGAUAUGCAAAUCUAUGUUUUAUCCGAACUAAAUUUAAACUAUUUGUACCUACGUUAGUAUAGAAAUAGUUGAUAUUUUAGGUAAACAAUUCAAUAAUAUAUUCAAAUAUUUUUCUACUCCAUCAUCUAUAUUCUAUAAUCUAUAGUAAUAAAUAUGAAAUCUCCGAUAUGAUAGGUGAUAACAAUUGAUCUAAUUUAAAAAUGCCGAUCGGUUUACUUUGUUAUUCUAAACAUAAAUCAUGUUCCAAAGGUAUUGAGAAUUGAGCUAGAAGUCAUAGAACACAGCAAUGUCAUAAAGUUACAUAAAUGCAAACUUAUAUUAACUAUAGAAUAUUAUAGAAUUUAAUUUAUAGACUUUCUAAAAACUUUGUUGAGUUCGAUUUUGUAUUCCUUUCAUAAUGCUUCCUGCAGAAAAGGAUAGCAGAGUUUAUUUUAUGGAUUUAGUGACAUUAUUAUUGAAUAUUUCUUUUAUUAUUGAGUAAAUAAUCUUCGGUGGACAUUUAGGCUGAGAUUUAUUAUUGAGCGUACUUUGACUUUGCUCAGAAUUAAGAUUUGUAUCUGUCUUGUUUUACCUUUGUCUUAAGCCUGAGCAAACUCAAAGUAUGCUCUUUAGAAUUUAGUUUACUGAAUGUUAGAUUAUUGUUAGUAAAGAGGAAGUAGUCGACCGGCAUAACUAAAUUAGAUUUAUUGUAUCAAUUUAAUUCAUUACAUAGUACAACAACGGACGAAUAGUUUAAAUUUAAGUUCUCUAUAAGAAAAUUGAGUCUCAAAAACAGAUCUGAUUUAAAGUUAUAGUAUUACGAGGGUUAUAUGAUUAUUUGAAAUGGUAAUAAUUUUAAUAUGCAGGGCAUAAGUGUGUAUAAAUGAUGCGAUCAUUGGCGCGGCCAAUACUCGUUUACAGUGCCUAUAGGAUAUAGGUAAAGAGCUAGUGGUCUAUUUUGAGAAGUUACUUGAUACAAGCUCUCAGUUUACUUUUACCUUGCUUGGGUAUGGAAACGAUCUAGCUGGCCGUCAAAACAAUUAUUGACUAACAAAAGUUGAUUUAAAAUAAAUACCAGUUAGAUUACAAAAUAAAUUAAAAUGCAAUAAUACUAUAAACUGCUUAAAAGUUUGGUAACUUUUAAAUAAAAAAAAAAAAGCAACGACGUCGUCAACCAUCUAAGACUGGCUGGUCUACGUUUCUGCUGGUUGAUUGUGAAAGUUGUGAUUAUUAAUCGUUAUAUUCUCAAUUGUUGUGAUUGGCUAAAUUGAUCAUAUUUUUGUCAAGUUCCUACCCAAAAUUUCCCACCAUCUCUUAGACCAAUAGGUGUACAGGUACCAAUGUUAACAGAGAUUCGAAUAUUUUCCCUACAUUGUGAUAUAUGAGCGGCGAAUUAUGAAUGUUGUACUCUCAUUCAAGGUUCGAUGUUUUUUUUUAUUUGGUUUUAUUUUAAUGGACGAAAACCUGUGUAGAAUGUCUGGAUGUUAUAGACCGCGGGAUUGUCAGAAAAAAAUGCCUCAAAAUCAUGAAAUUCUUUGUUAAUAUUCAUUUUGUUUUAAACAUCAGAAGAUAUUUAUGAUAUAUAUAUGUAUAUUUUUGUGACAGAAAAUGUAUGUUAUGCACGUCUUAUGGUUACCAUUUUUAAUGGGACUUCGAAGACAAACCUAGUGUGGCUAAUUCUGCUGUUGUACACAAUCACUAAACUAAACUUAAUUGGCAGGUCUAAGUCUAAUGUUAUCCUUGUCUCUUCCGUAUUAUGAAAGGGACAGAAUUACAUUUAGACCUGUGAUUUUAGUUUAGUUUAGAGAUAGCGUGAAACGUAAUUAGCCACAUUGUGUUGUAUGAAAGUUCAUUUAUAUGACUGACAUCUCUCGGUCUAUAACCAUUGUGAAACUCAUUAUUGAUAAGUGAUCAAUUUCGGGUUUCGGAACCUUGCCUUUAACGCUCUCUUGAUAAUGAUGAAAUUAUUGUUACGGUUACCUAUUGCAGGAAGCAAGUAUUCUUUUAGGAUUAGGUCAGUUUUAAGGUAUUGUAAAUUUUUAUUAUUUACUUAGUUGUAACGAUAAUUCGUAAAUUUAUAGUUAUUUAUUUCCCAUUUCGGUCAGUAUUUAAAUGUAAGUAUUUUUUUUACUCUGGCGAUUAUUAUUAUUCGUUCGUAAUGAUAAUUAUAUAAAUAAGGAUAUAUAUUAUGGUCUGUUUUAAGCAAUAAUGACAAAAUAUGAGUCUCCUUAUACAAAACUGCAAGCGGAGUCGCGGUAGACAUUAUUUUUUAACUUUUACGGAAGUAGGUAGGACAGAACGAUAAAAAAUAGAUGAGCAAUAAUUAAUUCUAAAAUCUUCCCAUGACACGUCGUUGAGUAUGCAGUACCCGGCAGGAAAUAUUGCACCUUUAGAAAGAGAUACCGAUUUAUAACGGUUUUGAAGCGCGUUGUCUCUGUCGUGCAGACCGACAAAACGUCACAUAGGUAUGAGUGACAGAGACAGCGCUCUACAAAGCGGAAAUCACUUUCUUGGUCGAUAUAAAAUAUUUCCUGCCGGCUACUGUAUGAUAAUUUGUACAUUAUACAUAAGUAGCAUCGCACUUUUUAAUAUGCAUAAUGCCGUUAUACUUAAUAUUAUAUUUUUUGGUAUUAGUUACGUAUUUAGAGUUUAGUUGUAAUCGUUGGAAGUGUAAGGAACCAAUACUGAAUAUUCCACUGCAUGGGAUGCAGCGCGUCGGGCCUCCAUCGAGCACGCAUAACCAAAUGGUCGUGGCAUUAUCUUAUUUUGUACUAGAAUCACCUCAUUGUGGUCAGUGUUAUGUAAAUAAUUGUGUUAAAAGCGGAAAAGCAUUUACAUUACUUGUAAUUUACUCGGGGCUGUUUUAGUUUUUUGCCAGUCGCCUAUAUUAACUCAUUCGAUCACCGUCCUUUACUUAACGUCUCUACUUAAUUUAGUAUUAAUUUAUUUAUUAUAUGAACCCCCCACGGGCCAGUAAUACGAGCAGUCUAUGAGACAUUGUGAUAUCUUUAGCAGACCUUGCUUACACUUCGUGCGUUCGUAAGCGAACAGGUAAACUACGUCAUUUCUGUUGCAGCUUAUAUUUCUACUCAUAAUAUACAUUAUCGGCCGAAAAUAAUAAUCAAUCUAUCCGUAAUUUGUCAAUAAGUUACUUAACAACGUUGUUAUUUGUCAAAAAAAGAUGAUAAUAUAUAGUGCAUACUUUUUGAGACCUCAUUCGCCAUUUUAGCUUUAUGUGUCAAAUGAAAAGUACGGUUUACCUUUAAAUUAAGGACUAAAAUCGUACUUUUGACAUGAUAGUUGACAUAAUACAGUCCGACAAGGUUCUUAUGGCACUUGAGUGAGAGCGCAGUUGUAGCUCUAUGCUGAUACAACGCAUGCAACGAACUAUCAACAUGUGCGCUUCUCAAGAUGGCGGCUUUAGUUCUGAUUUUGGCCACGCGCCAAUAGAGCCUUGUCGGACUUUAGAGUUAAAAUGGCGAGUGAGAUAUCAAAAUGUAGGUAUGUAAUGCAUACAUUUUGAUAUCUCACUACAAUUUUUAUUAACAAAUAACAACGUCGCUAAGUAUCGUAUCGUGAGGAUACAGAUAGGAAUUGGCCGUAUAUCACCACGUGGUUGGUGAUUUAGGUUGAAAUCUAUUAAGUGCACUUUGACUUUGCUUAGACUUAAUGUUUCAGUUAGAACGAGACGGAUUUAUGCCAGCGGUAUAACGCUGUCUCGUUUUAACAGUGUCUUAAGUCUGAGCAAAGUCAAGCUAUACAGAUUUCAGCCUUAUUGUCGUAUUCGAAAAGCUUUAAAAAUUGAGAUUAUUUAUCCUUUAAUUGGGAUCUCUGUAUAGUUAUCGAUGCUAUAAUGUUUCGUGGCAUCGCUUACUCACUCUUGUGUGAAACGGCAAUUUACCUUGACAAUAAACAUUUAGACCAAUAAGCAGCUAAAAUACCGUAAAUAUCGUAAAUAUUUAAUAAUCUCAAAAGUUUGCUCUCUAUAAUAUUUUUCAGCUCUCUCGUUUUAAAUAGUUUAUCAUCGUGAUUUUUAAAAUAUUUUCGAUCUUAUUCUUAGAGUGAUUAGGAAGAAAAUGUCUUCAAAGAAUUAAUUCAGUGAAUUUAACUUCUCUUAAGUAUCGGAAUAGUUUCGUGGUGACGUCACAUAGUUAACGUUCUCCAUUAACAUUGCUUGCUGCUCGCAGCAGUGAUACAGUAUUAUUUUUAUUCAUUAUAUUACUCUGUACAUUUUUCUUAGUUGUAUUAUGUUUCUAGUUAUCUAAUUGAAAUUCAACUUUGGUUUAACAAUUGGUUGAAUUGUGAAAAAAAAUCACCUCAUAGCAAUAUUAUAACCUAUUUUUAUAAACCUGGUUUUAGUACUACUUUUAAAAAAGAUUGUAUUCAAUCGAUGAAUUCAGAAUCCCUCAAGAUAAGAUGCAGCUGCGUUUUACUAAACGAUUUGGUUAUUUAUUGUAACGUAGGUUAAUUUUACGGAUUACGGUUUUAAGAUAUGAACAAUGUAUAUCAAGUUACUAACAAACCGGUUGUGUCGUGUGCUUAUGUCUAACAAGCAUGUGUUUGUGAUUUUGUGUUACGUUUCGUCUGUGUCUUUGUGUACGUCGUGCGUACCUUUGUGUGUGUACACUACGCACACGGUACCAGUUCUGUUUUUUUUUUCUGUAAGUAAUUAUAUAAUUUAUGCUGAAAUAUUGGCCAUGUAUGUUCCAAACAAUUCCACAUUGUAACAUUGCGAUGAUAAGACUGAUGGUCACUCUCUAAAAUCUCUUCUGUUUUAUGUUAUACGUAAACUUUAUUGAUCCGUACGAACGGAGCUCGGUAUUAUCGAUGGAAGUAUUUUAAUUCGAUAUGUGAUAUGUGUUUGUGUGUGUUUCCGAAAAGCAAUAACAAUGUGAUAAAUAAUUGUGAGCAAUUGUAUGCACUAAACUGAAUAUUUGCAUAAUGUGAAAUUAAUAAUAAUGUCAAUUAAAAUAAUGAAUGUACCGGAUAUUUAAGCUUUUAAAUUCUCGUUCAAUUAUAACUAAAACUAAGCGCGCAUGCGACCGAUUUUAAUGGACAUUGUCAAAAACAAUCUAUAAAAUCUCCUUACGAAGGAAGAGAAGAGAUAAGACGAGCGGUACAGCUGUGGAUUGCGCAAUUUAUAUGUAUAUGUGCCCGAAAACCUUAUAUUUUGUAUGUUAAAAAUAUUCUAGACUAUGAAAAUGUUCACUCAAUUUAAUAACAUAAGGUAUUAUUAUAAUAUUGAUAAUAACUUGCUCAAAUCUUAUACUUCAGAUUUUUUCUAAUAAAGUAGAUGGUCUCAAAAUGUAUUUAGGCUGAGAUCUUUAUAGCGUACUUGACUUUGCUCAGACUUAAGACACUUUAAAACGAGACAGGGUUUUGUCCCCGACAUAAAUAUAUCUCAGUUUAACUAAAAAUAAUAAUUAAGUCCAAGCAAUGUCAAAGUACGUUAUACGGAUCUCAGCCUCUGUUGAUUGUUUCUGAAGCGAUCGCAAAUCGGUAACAUAUGCGUUUAGUCUUAUAGAUUAAUUUCAAAUUAUUUUUAUAAGAUCCAAAUGAUAAAUUUUCCAGUUUCAAAUAAUUCCAUGUAAGAGUAAGUACCUAAGCUUGAAUAAGAUCUUCCGUUACACUAUGCAGCAAUAAAAUAAUUGCCUUUAACUAUGAGACACUAAUCAUCUUCGAUAUGUAUCAAUUUUAUAUAUAAAAAUAUAGUGUAAAUGUCUAGUUUCCAGUAAGCUUAAUGGCCAGUGCACAUUUAGGUGGGACCUGCGGCUCAGUAAUGGUCAGAAAUAGAAAUAUUCAAAAAAAAAUUGAAAGUAUCUUUAAAUUGCCAAAUGCCACUCUAAAAAUUAUUAAGAAAGAUAAUAUACGCAAUAGAAGCGUAGCCUAACGAUUUCAGCGUUAAAUCGAUGGUAUAAAUACAACGAUAUAACGCUGUCUCAUUUUAACAGUGACUUAAAUCUGAGCAAAGUCAAAGCUGUAUAGAUCUCACCCUUAAAUUACAAAUCCAUUUGCAAUUGCAUUGUCAGUUAUUAGUAUCAGAUGAGAUCGUAAACCUGUGCAAGAUUCUUAAUAAAUCUAAAACCAUAAACGGUAUUUAGUUGCUCAAAUCCAAAUGCUCGUUACUUAUUUAAGUAAAUAAGAACAUUUUAAAUGGUCAAAGGAACCACCACUGGUUUGAAAGAUGCGAUGUCACGGCCCGCCUAGAUGUGCUCGAGCUCUAAAGGACCAUUACAUUUGUUGAUUGUUAUCGUCAUUAUGUAUAUUGUAUAGUCAUUGCAACGUAAGUUUCAGCAUAAAUUAUCCGUUAAGUACGUUGCUGAUCUGCGCCGCACCGCUCAGUUACUGCACACAGACCGUCUCUGAGGUUGAGGUUGAGCGCACUUUAACUUUGCUCAAACUUAAGGCACUGUUAAAACGAGACGGUGUUCUGUCGCUGGCAUAAAUAAAUCUGUCUCGUUUCAACUGUAACUUAAGUCUGAGAAAAGUAAAACUUCGCUCUAUAGAUCUCGGCCUGAGUGAACAUUCAAAUGUGGAUUGUACGCAUAAAUUAAAAUAAUUAAAUUGAUACUUCUGUGCGUAUACACCAAUCCAUCAAGUGUGCAAGAAGGGUUUUGUUAAAGCUGAAUGGUUAAUUGUGGAUUGUCCAACUCGCCUGAAAUAUCAAACCUAGGAUAGUUUUAUUCCUUUUUUUUGAUUGCCAGUGUAAGUACACUUCAGUAGAAUCAUUCACAAGAAAAAAUAGUGACAAAACAACGCUGAGAUCAUUUUGAUAGAGCUCAUUUUGACUUAGCUCAGACGACAGUGA